AUGGGCUGUUCUCCAUCAAAAGGUAAAGCUUUUGGGACUUAUGGCUCCUUCAGGAGGGGUAGAGCAUUGCUACCCGGGACAGAGGAUGCUAGUCCUCGAGACUUCCAGUGUGUAGAGUCCAGAGAUUUGUCCGUAUCAGCAGAUGGAGAAACGAAAGAGAGAAAGCCGGUCAACGGCCCAGCCCAGUCAUCGCAGAGGGAGCCUCCGUUCUCGCCGCAGAAAAGGAGAACUUGUUUGUCGGAUCCGCCUCAAGAAGUGGUCCAUUUGGAUAUUUCAGGAAGUCAAGCAACAAGUAACACUCCGGCGGCGAAGGGGAAACAGAAGUCGGUGGAGAAAGAUACGACAGACAAAAGAUUGGCCAAGAAACCAAAGAAAACUAGUACAGGUGUGAAACCUGUUAAAAAGGAGAAAGCGAAAAAAGUAAUUCUCUCAGAGCAGAAGGUAGACUUCCCAGAACCUCUGGUGAAGGCUCACCAGGCCGCUUAUGGUUUUUUAAACCCAAGUAUAACUAAGUAUGACAUUCUACUGGGACUCUUGGAACAGGCCACACAGACCCAGGUGUCUGUGCAGCCUAUGGCCGCUUUCAUGCUCAUGCGUUAUGAGGAAUUAAAUCGUGGCUUGGAAGCAAUGGCUUACGAAGGAGAAAAACUCCUGAAGGAAAACGGUGAGCAUCUGGCUUGGCCAUGUCCAACGAAAAAACCCUCAUCUUCUUCUCCUGUGAAGCCAGCCUCUGCCGACGUUGACCCCCCACCAGAUUUGCUGCAGCAGCUGCUCCAGUACACCACACAACGGAUGCAGAAUGUGUGCCAGACUGUUGGGGGAAUUGGGGAUUCCGCUUUGGAGGAGGCUGUGGAGUACUUUGCAUCGCUCUCUGAGCUUUUAGAAGAGAAACUGCAUAUCAAGCGUGCAACGGAUGCUAGGCUAAUGCAACUUCUCACACGGAUUGAAACAGCCUCGCUACGUAAGCCUGGACCAGAGGAUUCGGCUCUCUUUAGCGAGGACAGUGGUAUUGGGGCCGAGAGCGAAUCCCUUGCUGGAUCUGAAAGGCGGCUUAGGAGAGAAAGCUGUGAAUCUACCGAAACAAAUAGAACUACUAGUAGCAGUCCCAUUGGGUGCAACGCAACUACUAGGAACUGGCGUUCGAGUCGAAGGCUUGCAGGUAAAAACAGUUUGAGUGGGUCCCUCACGUCCAUAGAUUCUACGUGUACAAUAAUGGCCAAGGAACUAAAUGACACAGAGUCAAUCCUGGGUUCGUUCUCGUUGGACUAUGGUGAGGAAGAUGACAUAGAUGGUGUUGGGGAUGCAGAUGUUGAUGACAGGGAUAUGGUGGUUAGAAGGCGAGCUAAUUCAUCUCCUAUAGACCCAUCACAACGACCUCGACGUCUCGCACCAAAGCGCAUUGAAAACCCGCGUAAUGUGGAGAUGACUUUAAAAAUGAAAGACGCCAUCAGUGGCCGUAUUCAAUUUGUUCCAUCGCAACAUGCAAUUUCCAAAACUAAGGUAACAGGAAGCCCAAAACAUAAUGGAGAACAGUGGAGGGAGGAGGAUGAGGAGCGAUCUUGUAAGAGACCACAAACUGCCGCUUCUGGUCGGAGGGCAGCAGUACAAAAGAGCCAAGUGUCCAAACAGCGACGCUCUCAGUCUGCAGAGUCUCUGAGGAGCAGGGGUGAAGACCAAACUCUACUUGAGUUAGAAAGAACCCAAAAAGUUCUCAAUCAAAGGAUAGAGAGAAUGAGCAAGGGAAAGGCAGGAUCAAACACCAGAACGGUUCCAUCCCAAAAAAAUCUAGGAACCUCUCCAGCACAGUCUCCAGCAGCAAGUCGUAAACAAGGUCCAUCAGUCAAGAACAACAAUGUGCAGCCUCCUAAAGAAAAGGCACACUUGAUAACACAGCCCUGCAAACACCAGGAGACAAGCUGUGUGGAUGAGGAUGACGAAAAACCAGCCGUCCAAUCAUCCAAGGGUCCGAUAAAAGCUACUCCACCACCAAGCCCUCCAUCAUCACCACGACCUUCAUCCAGAUUUUCCAGAGGGCGGAAUUCUGUCAAAAAACUGAUCGAUACAUUCAGUAAAGGCAGGGAGCAAUAUGAGGAAACCCGCGUUUUAGGACCUCUCAAAGGUGUCAGAAAGUGUGGCGUUCCUGUCAUGCCAGGCUUAGGUAAUAUUGAGGCCGUUCUCAGUACUGGAAUCACAAGCUGUCGAGAUGAAUCAACAUUGAAUGAUAAAACGGAUGAUUUAGAUCUUGACAGUCUUCCACCACCUCCACUAGAGGUAUUAAAUGACAAUUCCUUUGAGGGGGCUCACCGUUUCGCUUCAUCAGAUAAUGGAUCAACAAAAAAAUGUAACUCACCUGUCGCUAAGAGAGCUAUUGUAUCACGGUUAAGGGCCUCAGUUCAGUCAGUCACAGUGCUGCCAUGUAAAGGGAAUCUGCCACAACUCUCCAGGGUCCCGCUCGUGAUGAGACCUGACACACAUGACACAGUUACGAAGAUGGAGCCAGAGAAAGCCGUGGCUACCUCCACUCAAAAGCAAGCUAAAAAGAUCACUCAUCUGCAGGAAUCUUCCGAAACGCAUUCUGAGGUCUCAUCAAUAACUAAUUGUCAUUCAGGGCCAUUUCUCAGCAACGCAGCAGCCUCACUAGGAGAACAAAAUUAUAAAAGACAACCAGAUCCGGAGUUCAAAAGUGUGCCUCAAACCAUAGUUAGCAACAGCCAACCAUCUGUCACCACACCUUUGUCCAGGGUGCGAAUGCUACCGUCAACACCUUCGGUUCCAAGCACCGUGCAGCAACGACUCACUAGUCCCUGCAGUUCUAGAAAGCAGCCUAUCCCUGCCUCUUCAAGCAGCCCCCCAAUCAGCCGGAAGCUUCCCACUCCACCGCCUGUUCACAGGAGACUCCCAAGCCCACCUGUUACAUGGCGAAAUGUUCCAAACGCGGCCUCCUCGUUUCCUUUCAAGGCACCGUCUCCACCAGCCUCACCGCAAGUUCAGAGAUGGUCGAGGGCGAGCAGCAGCUGCAGCAGUAACGACUCUACGUCUCGGCUGACGGGCAACGCUUGCUCUGUGUUUGGCCUCGCUUCCCCAUCUCUGUUUGAGGCCCAGCCUUACUCAGUGCCUCAACCUCCCCAAGCAUGGACCUCUGCUGGGGGUUCCCCUCAUCCGCGCCCUUGGGGAAGCCAUGCACGAUAUCCUGUAGCUCUCCGAGGACCGCAGCCUUUUAUCCGGCGCUGCCAUUCAGAGCGAAGAACAAGUCUGCCAUCUCGCUCAGCUGUCAGCUUCUCCAUGGCCCAGAGCUGUGGGAGCGAGCCAUCCUUAAAUACACAGGGGCUGGGGGAUGAAGCUCCCAGGGAGGAUGAAUUGUGGAGGAGCCAAUCAGAUCUGCGUACUACCUCACGCUCUCUUACUCACCCUGAUCUAUGCAUUGUGGGUCAGUCCUUACAUCGAGUGUGAAGGGGUUGGUAACGACCAAGUGGGAUUAGGGAUUAGCAGGCCUCUCAAAGGAUUUCUUGUUGUUUUGAAGAAAGUUAUCCCUUUUGUUUUUUUUGAGAAAA